ACACAGCUAACGACAAAACGGUUUUGAAGAAAAUAUGGAACAGUAUUAGCGAUGGUGUUACGCGAGAGAUGCUCCAGAGGAACUGCGAGAACAUAAGAUGUAAAUGGAAAGAACGGGAUCGGCUGCUGAAACAAACACCAAAACUUAGUAUCUCUCAUUCCACAGUCAACACAUCAUAUGGAACAAUGUCAUCUACUGGAAGUCGUCCUCAAGAUAUCGUCCAACCACCAACACCAUCUAUCGCUCAAUCAACGCAAUCUCCAUUUCUUAUUUCCCCACCUGCACUAGGCAGCCAUUCUCGCGAGUCAACUUACUUCGAUCGAGCACC